CUCUCUCUCUCUCUCUCUCUCUCUCUCUCUCUCUCUCUCUCUCUCUCUCUCUCUCUCUCUCUCUCUCUCUCUCUCUCUCUGGGUGUGUCGUCCUUUAAGGUAAUAUGGGAUAGCAUUAAAUUACCUAUCACUUCUCUGUUUGUUUAUAGGUCAAGAAAUCAAGAGAAAAAUAAAAUAGGUCAAAAUGAGUUGAUAGAACAUCACAAAUACAUUUAUUUACUCUUACGUUUGUCAGGGCUUUUGAAGAAACUGUUAAAAAAAAUAAUAAAAAUGUGUGUUUUAUUCUGCUCCAGCAGGUGGUGCUAGUGCACCUUUACGCUGGUCACCGACCGCCCGAGAAACCAGAAACCAGAAGGUGCUAGCCGAGCUAGCUUGUUGUUCUGGUGUGUGAGGAGAAUAUUUGAGGCUCUGCAGUAAAAAUGUCUUCACUUCAGUCUCUGGGAGAGUUGAUCAGCUAAAGCGACUAACUGCUGCUGCUGCAGAAAUCUUCUCACCAGGCUGUGGAAACUUUCUUCUCCUCCUCAACAACUUGGUGGAGUUCUUUCCAGAACCGGAGAAGAUAUUCUGCGGUCUUCGUGUCAAUCGGAGCUCCAGAAUCAGGUUGUGGGUGAGAAAAGCUUUUCUCUAGACUUCCUGCCCUCUGGAUCUGCUGCUGUUCCUUUGGCCUCUCUGAGAAACGCGCUCGUUUUGCUGCUUUCAUCAGAUUGAAGAGGUUCCCUCUAUCAGACUCGCUCAUCUGAGUUGGUCAUGAUGCAGGAUCGCUGCUCGCUCUCUGAUCCAUCCUGCUCACACUCUCCGACGGAAACGCCCCGAAUCUGAAUGUGACUCUGGAGGAAAAAGCGGUUAGCUCUACUCCGUGAACUCUGCUGUUAGCUAAACACGGCUAAAGAAAACCUGCUACCACUUCAGGAUCUGGGACUGAUUCAUCGUGUGUUCUUCACACCUGGACCUGGACAGCAUGGACACAGUUCCUAUAAAAAGUGAAGAUGAUGAAGAGAAGCCUCUGUUCUCACAACUUCAUCAGCAGCAAAUAGAAGACAGAGAUGUUCCAUCCAGCCGCUCAGCUGACCAGAUUAAAGCAGAAACUGGUGGAGGAGCAGAAACUAGCGGGAACCCAGAUCUGAACCCUCAAGAACAAACAUCUGAUUCUUCAGAGACUGAAGUUAGUGGAGAUGAUGAUGAUGAUGAUGAUGAUGAUGAUGCUGUGAAUCUAGACUCUGAACUGCCUAACUCUGGGUCUGAAAUUGGAAAAGUUCAGAAAGAUCUAAAAUCAUUUAGAUGUGACGACUGUGGAAAAAUAUUUAAUGUAAAAUUCCAAUUAAACAAGCACACGAGAGUGCACACAGGACAGAAACCUUUCUCCUGUGAACUCUGUGGACAAAGCUUUAGAUGGAAGGGAAAUUUAAGCGAUCACAUGAGAGUCCACACAGGACAGAAAUCUUUUGUCUGUGAGCUCUGUGGAAAAAGCUUUAGAUUGAAGGGAGAUUUAACCAAACACAUAAGAGUCCACACAGGACAGAAACCUUUUGUCUGUGAGCUCUGUGGAAAAAGCUUUAGAUUGAAGGGAGAUUUAAACAAACACAUAAGAGUCCACACAGGACAGAAACCUUUUGUCUGUGAGCUCUGUGGAAAAAGAUUUGGCCUGAAGUCAAAUUUAAACAGUCACAUGACAGUCCACACAGGACAGAAGCCUUUUGCUUGUGACCUCUGUCCACAAAGAUUUAGCCUGAAGUCAAGAUUGAACCUUCACUUAAAACGCCACACAGGACAGAAGCCUUUUGUCUGUGAGCUUUGUGGAAAAAGCUUUAGAUUGAAGGGAGAUUUAAACAAACACAUAAGAGUUCACACAGGACAGAAAAAUUUUGUCUGUGAAGUCUGUGGAAAAAGAUUUAGCCUGAAGUCAAAUUUAACCACACACAUGAGAGACCACACAGAACAAAAACCUUUUGUCUGUGAGCUUUGUGGAAAAAGAUUUAGCCGUAAGUCUACUUUAGACAGACACAUGAGAGUCCACACAGGAGAGAAGCCAUUUCCAUGUGAGCUCUGUGGAAAAAGAUUUAGCCAACAGACAAAUUUAAAUAAUCACAUGAGAGUCCACACAGGACAGAAGCCUUUUGUCUGUGAGCUCUGUGACCAAAUGUUUUCCCAAAAGACAAGUUUAACCAGACACAUGGGAGACCACACAAGGACACAAGGAACUAAUGUAAUAAUACAAGUCCAAAAAUGAUUGUAGUUUGUACAUCCUAGUUCCAUGUGUUGCACCCCAAGUUGUCCUAGAUCAGAGUUGCUUCCAGCCCAUGAGCCAUAUCUCCCUGUCCUGCAAGCCACAUUUUGUGGCCACUAAGCUGUAAUUAUUUCACUAAAUCUCCGUUUCCAUUGUGAUGCAGCACAGUAUCGUUACACAAUGAUGAGCAGCUAGAUCAGAGUUUUGGAGCGUUGCAGUAGAGAGAGUAGCAUGGUGUGUCUACGCUGCUUUUAAAUAGUUUGUGUAGUGUACAAAUAAUUGUCUUUUACCAGUGGUUUGUACUUUGUGAGUUGCAUAAAUUUAACUACAGUAGGGCUGCACAAUAUAUCGAAAAAUUAUCGUCAUCUGGAUAACAGGACUUGCGAUAGGCCCAUCGCAAAGCACGUCAAAAAUGGCGAUAAAUGUUUGGUUCAAACAUUUCCAUCCGUCUCAUACAUCCACUUUUUGUAAACCAGCUCUGUUUUUUAUGCGGAAGUAUUAUUUGACCAAUCAAAUGUAGCCCUUCUGAUAUGCGGCCAAUCAGAUGGGUCCGUUCACGUAAUAUGCCCGCCCCCUACGUAGACCCUUACCCCAAAAUUUCACUAUCUCCGCUCCGCCCCCGCUGCCGCUCGCUUCCCUUGUUUGUCAUGCUGGCUCAGAGCAACAAACGCACUUUGUGCUGAGGUUUCUGGAAUCAGCGCUGCUUUCAAAUGUGAACGUGAGUCCGCUCGUUGUCGUUAAGCAGCUGAUAAUAACCGGGCUGACUUCGACACAUGCCGGUGAACCAACCCACCGUUAGCCCCAGGCUCCGGUUAGCUUCCAGCUAAAAGGCUACAGCACUCUCCUCCCAGUCCCACCCUGCUAAAGAGGGCCUGGAAAAGUUCCCCCACACAUCAAAGUGAUUUUUCAUUUUUGAGCUUUUAUAACCUUGUUAAUCAGGAUAGUUGAUUUGCUGCUGCACAUAAACUGUCAGUCAGAAGCUCUGCUAGCCGGUUAUCUUAAGAGGAGCUAGUUCAAUUUGUUAGCUUGUUAUCCGAGUCAUAGUUGCAGUUUCAUCAUUUGAGCUGCUUUUUAAGAUCUAGGUAAACUUGUUCAAUUUGGGGUUAAAAACAAACGUUUUCACAUAUUUUCCAUGUAGUUUUUUGCCAGUUCCUCUUCUGAAAGGUAGACAAUUGUUUUUCUCUUUCCCUCAGAAAAUCUUAAUAUUCUCCUAGUUUGGCCCAGCACAGUUCACUUCCCAAUAGCAGCAACAGCCUUAUAUCAUAAUCACACAAGUGGAGAAAAUGUUCAGUAGCAAUGAGAGAAUUUGCUGUUGCAUUUAAGUGAUGUUAACUAUUAUUUAACAUUUUAAACUUAUGUAUUUUUUUAUUCAAAAAACCCUGGUAAGGGAUGUUUUUCUGUAUUUGGAGCACAGAAAAAGUUUUAUGGUGGAGGUGAUGUUUUAAAGUCACUGACAAACUGCAUGCAUGCAGUUUGUUGUUUUGCUGCUAAUACAGUAGCAGGUGCAGCUGCAUGUUUUUGCAAUAAAAAUGUUAUGUUGUAAUGGAAUUCAUGCAUUAGUUUUUGUUUGCUUUGAACCCGAGAGCAGACGUCACACGCCAGGCGACAUCAACACUGCAUACUUUAGUAUUUGUUCAUUUAUUCUGUAUUCUCAGCCUUCAGAGAGUACAGACGCUUUUUUCUCAGCUCCCUUAUCGGCUUCCCCAAGGCUCUUGUCCCGUCUGCCUACAGAGCACUUCUCUGCAUUUCUCCGGAAAACCACUACUCUUUUGGAAAUAUGGACCUAAUUAACUGGUCAUUCAACGCGAUUGACAAAAUUUUUUCUACGAUGAGAACGGAGAAGGGGGCUCCCACCUGUCCCAAGGGGACAUUCGCAGCGGGAUAUGCACUCGAUUCUUGGGAGGUCUGGCGGAUCGUGUGCCUCUCUCAGUUGUCCAUCGAGGACGUGGAAGAUUUGUGGAUGUUCGGCCUGAUGGUCACUGUAUUUCUUCUGAUUGGAGUGGGAGGAUAUCUGGUUUUCUGGAAAUUUGGGAAGAUGGGAGCGAUUGGAGUGCGACCCGUGCCCAUGGAAUGUGCGGCUCGGGCGGUGACCUCACAGACUGGGACGUUACUCGAGGUGAACCGUAAGCUGGAUCAUUUCCUCGCGGCAUUGCCUGUUUUAGUACGCAAGAUGGAUGUCAUCUCGGAGAGGGUCACCGGACGAUGUGGAGAUGUUUAGAACACAUACAAUUGGCUUCACGUUGGACAUGAAUGACCACUUAAUAGACUCCAAGGAAGAGAGGAAAAUUAUCUCUGCCUGCCCCAAACAAAGUCAUGUUUAUCCUUAUCUGACGCCAUAGCAGCCUCUCAAGGCUGCUUCAACACACCCCCACGAAAGGAGGAAUGCCGACAGAUGCUGUGUCCCGACCUUCACCCUCUUCCUUCAGAUUGAGACGUCUGCGGGAAACUCAAUGUGCUCUCUGUUCCUUAUCUCUCCCUCCCACCUGUUGGUCUGCAGCUGGUUGAUGCGCCGUACCGGCAGCUCCCAUUGGAGGCUUCAGGAUCCCCGCCCAUCCCUGCCUCCCCAUUGGACUCUGAUGUUUGUGUGUGUGCUGUUUGUGCUUCUAUGUCAAGGAGUUUUUUUUGUAUAAUAGAGUUACUCCCCGCUGGGUCUAACUCUGCUAUGUCUUUUUUUUUACCAUACCCCCAAUUAUCCUCAUGUAACACCCUUUUCAUCUAUCUAUUAAGGUAGCGCAACUCAUGUUGCGAAUGACCGCAGUCACCAAUUCUUGUCACUUGUCUUACCCAUGUAUGUCUGAUCUCUGAAUUGUGUGCACUGAAACUACAGCUGAAACAACUAAUCGAUUUAAUCGAUUACAAUCGAUUAUUAAAAUAGUUAACAACUUUUUUAGUCAUCGAUUAGUUGUUUAAUAAUCACAUUUUACCGCAUAAAGUCUAUUUUUACCACAAUCUGACAUGGUUACAAUCUGUUAAAUUUGCCACCAGUGUGUGGCAGUAAUGAGCCACUGAUCUACCAGUGGAGCCGUAGAAGAAGAAACAAGCCAAUAAGUGCCCUCGGUUUUCAUGACGUAUCACGUUACUGACGCUCAUCUUGCUGUGAGAGAUGGCGGAACAAGAAGAAAUACGGAAGAAAAAUAGAAGCGACAAAACUGAAGAGAAACCCCGGACAAAAACCUCACGAGUAUGGGAGCACUUCACCCUAGAUGUCAUGAAAAGACGGGUGACCUGCAAAAUAUGCAAAAACCAUCUAGCAUGGCACGGAAGCACGACGUCCCUAAGUGAACAUUUGAGACGAAAACGUGGGGGCAAAUGCAGCAGAGGAAGCGCCAGCCCGGUAA